AUGGCAGGCACAGUCCUCAUCACAGGCGCAAACGGCUCUCUCGGCCUUGCACUCGUCUCCUAUCUCCUCUCCACCUACCCAGCCCACACGCUGCUUCUCACGGUCCGAAACCCUUCUCCGAGCGACCCGAAUACAACAAAACUCCACGCCAUCAUCGCAAAACAUCCAAAUUCCAAAGUGCACAUCGAAACCCUUGACCUCGCUUCUUUGAAAGAUGUAACAGCGUUCUCUCAAAAUGUUGCUUCGAGUAUAGCAAAGGGAACAUACCCAAAGCUUGCCGCCAUUGUCUGCAACGCAAUGACGUGGUCGCUAAACUCCGGCGUGCGAUUCUCUAAAGAUGGACUGGAGCUCACCAUGGCCGUCAAUACGCUGGCGCAUUUUGAUAUCGUGCUGAGGCUUCUCGGCGUAAUGGAAGAGCAUGCGCGCGUUGUUUUCCUAUCGAGCGAAUCGCACUGGCCAGGAAAAGCAGGCUUUGAAAAGUACCCGCCGGUAAUACCAGAGGAUCUGGAGCAGUUGGUAAAGUAUGAGAAAGAUGUGCCGGGUGAGGAGGCGGGGGGGGGAUUCUUAAGCGUUGAGAAAACUGACUCGACCGAACAGCAGCCGGAGUUAUCUAAGAUUCGCGUCUUAGCGGUUGAUCCAGGAGGUCUGGUCGAUUCGCGCGCGUUCUCACAGGCCGAUGUUCCCCUUCUGUGGAGGAUUGUCAUUGGUAUAGCAAAUUUCCUCCAGCCUCUGGUCAAGCGGCUCAAUCCCAAGCUGAACAGUAGCGCAAAUGCGGCAAGAGACGUGGUUGACUUGGCUGUUACGGAAGAGUUUGCUGGGAAGGAAGGUCACUUCCUGAUGAGGGAGCAUGAUGAUAGCUCACCCGAUAGUCAUAAUGAGAAGGUUCAGGGGAGGUUGUUCGCUAAAGGUGUAGAGUGGUGCGGGAUUAGGCAGGAAGACACAGCACUACCUCUGUAA